CCGCAUGUGGCUGGCGGCCGCAGAGCGGUUCAGUUCGCGCACUCGUCGUCGCCCGCGUCUCUUUCGGGCUCUCCUCGCGUCACUGGAGCCAUGGCGUUCGCCGAGACCAACCCGGCGGCAUCCUCCCUGCCCAACGGCGACUGUGGCCGCCCCGGGGCGCGGCCCGGGGGGAACCGGGUGACGGUGGUGCUGGGCGCGCAGUGGGGCGACGAAGGCAAAGGGAAGGUGGUGGAUCUGCUGGCGCAGGACGCCGACAUCGUGUGCCGCUGCCAGGGAGGAAAUAAUGCCGGCCAUACAGUUGUUGUAGAUUCUGUGGAAUAUGAUUUUCAUCUUUUGCCCAGUGGAAUAAUUAACCCAAAUGUUACUGCAUUCAUUGGAAAUGGUGUGGUAAUUCAUCUUCCCGGAUUAUUUGAGGAAGCAGAGAAAAAUGUCCAAAAAGGAAAAGGUCUGGAAGGCUGGGAAAAAAGGCUUAUCAUAUCUGACAGAGCUCAUAUUGUAUUCGAUUUUCAUCAAGCCGCUGAUGGUAUCCAGGAGCAACAGAGACAAGAACAAGCAGGAAAAAACUUGGGUACCACAAAAAAGGGCAUUGGCCCAGUUUAUUCUUCCAAAGCUGCGCGGAGUGGACUGCGGAUGUGUGAUCUGGUUUCUGACUUUGAUGGCUUCUCUGAGAGGUUCAAAGUUCUGGCUAACCAGUACAAAUCUAUAUACCCCACUCUGGAAAUCGACAUUGAAGGCGAAUUACAAAAACUCAAGGGUUAUAUGGAAAGGAUUAAACCAAUGGUGAGAGAUGGAGUUUAUUUCCUCUACGAGGCCCUGCAUGGACCACCAAAGAAAAUCUUGGUAGAAGGCGCAAAUGCAGCACUCUUAGAUAUUGAUUUUGGAACUUACCCUUUUGUGACCUCUUCGAACUGUACAGUUGGAGGUGUCUGUACCGGGUUGGGAAUGCCCCCCCAAAAUGUUGGGGAAGUGUAUGGGGUCGUGAAAGCUUACACAACUCGAGUUGGCAUUGGUGCCUUCCCAACAGAGCAGGACAAUGAAAUUGGAGAAUUAUUACAAACAAGAGGUCGAGAGUUUGGGGUAACCACUGGUAGGAAAAGAAGGUGUGGCUGGCUGGACCUGGUUUUGCUCAAAUAUGCUCAUAUGAUUAAUGGAUUUACUGCGUUGGCACUUACCAAAUUGGAUAUUUUGGACAUGUUUACGGAAAUCAAAGUUGGAGUUGCUUACAAGUUAGAUGGUGAAAUUAUACCUCAUUUCCCAGCAAACCAAGAAGUCUUAAAUAAAGUUGAAGUUCAGUAUAAGACGCUGCCAGGUUGGAACACAGACAUAUCAAAUGCAAGGACGUUUAAAGAACUACCUGUUAAUGCACAAAAUUAUGUUCGAUUUAUUGAAGAUGAGCUUCAAAUUCCAGUGAAAUGGAUCGGAGUAGGUAAAUCCAGAGAGUCUAUGAUUCAGCUCUUUUAAGGAUUUCCAGUGAUGCAAGAAACACUCCUUCAGGAGGGAGGGAAAGGACUUUAUUAAAUAUUUCAUUUAUGAUCUGCAAAUUUCAAGAAGACAGACAUCGAAGUGAGUUUUAAGCCCUAGAGUUGUUUCCAGUCCCUGAAGAUGGCUGGCUGAUGUGGAGAGAAACUUCUGGCGUGUUCCAGUGUCAGCCAUCUCCACUGGCAGAAUCGCCGAGUCAUGUGUUGCUCCUGCUGCUCACGGUGCCACGUUUUCUUUCAGUGUUUAGUCAUAGUAUGAUCUGUGUUGUUUGAAAUCUAAAAUAGAAUUCCUUCCAGUGUAGUUUUUCUUCUCUAUUGUCAUUGUGCGUUCUUAGGUUUUAUCUCUACUAAACGGGAAGAACAAUUAAUGCAGUUUUGCACAAAUAUUUUUUACAUUCUGGUCAUUCAAUUUGUCAGUGUGAUCUUUGCUGUUAGGAAAAAAAUGAUGAAAAGAGGAUUCUGUAAACUUUUGUAAUGCUAUAAAUUCUGUUUAACUUGUGAACUGUUUAUUUUCUGCUGAGACCAUUGCAAAUUUGAGCUUUGGCGAGGGAGGGGGAGGGGAAUAUAUUCAUGUAUCCUUUAAUUUGUACAGAACACAAAACUUACUUCUCUGUAAAUUAUUUAAUACAUUGGGCAUUUAGUUAAAUGUCCAGAGAAAGAUGUUCCCUAAAACAACAAUCUUAAUGUUUAAAAAUAUUAGUCAUUAAAAGAUCGUUGUGAUAA